AUGAAAGUCGACGGGAAGACGAGGAAGAAAGCACUACGAGAAGCGAAUCAAAGACGGCGAGACGCGGCGGACCGGACGGGCACGGGAGGCGGACUACCCCAACCAUCCCACCCUAACCCGCACCCAGACAGCACCACAUUAAGACCUCGACCGACGCUACCUGAGACGAACACUCUACACACAGACAGGAUAACAACCAUGAAGCGCGCAAAUGAACACCCACAAAUACAUAAUCGGGAACAAGGACGGUUAGGACAGUAACAACUGAUCCCCCCACCUCAUCCACGGUAAGCCAAGCACCCACGGAGACAAACAGUAGCUCAAACACAACCACGUAUACCCAAAGAACCUCGCUGUCAAACCAAUAACCAUACUCUGAACAAAAUUGAUGUAUACGCACUGAAACACGGACCCCCAGGCAGGCUACAACACAAUAAGAUAGGGAGACAUACCACAGUUAAAACGCACGAACCACUGAGAUGUACUAGAUUACUCAUAAACGCACCUUAGCACGCUAAACAGAAUACCACACUGACUACACGGACAAAAGCUACACGGGGCCAGUCGCACACGGCAAUGAAACAUUAAAUUACACAGCGCAACAGACACGCAGACACGCAGACAAGCAAGCAGACAGCAGCCACACACAUACAUAGUAAGAUAUGGCACAAUAUCAGAUAAUUUCCAUUCUAAUAUGGAGACACAAACAGGAGACACAAACAGGAAAUCAAUAGACCAAACACCACCAGCAGAAAAGCGAGAUACAACUAGCACGGGACCAGAGCAACCAGGGACCAGAUACGACGGGGCCCGCAGGCACAACCUACACAGGUAA